CAGAGCAGCGUUGGCCGCCAACAACAGCUGUAGCCUCUUGACGUAGUUACUCAGCGUGCGAAGACCGUCAUCAGGGGUUGGCAAUAGUGAAGAUCGAUAACCACCUGGCGAGGACCGUGCAACUAUACUCGUUUUCGCAUUCCAACAACUGAACAGCUAAAAGCAAGAGGUUAAAAAAUGCAAUCCAGCCACGAGUCAGACGCAAAUUGGCAAAAGCAUGAUGUCCAGAACCAUCAAGCUGCAGCAGCAAACUUAGAACAAUCUGCGGCCAUAAACACUAAGAAAACAGCGAAUUCUACGAACAACGAAGAUGCACUAGCUGUAUGUGGGUCAUCUGUAAACAAUCCUAUUAAUCUCAUUGAAAAUAAUCCGACCGUAAGCAAUUCUGCCGUAGUUGAAAUGGCUAUAGGAGGCCAAGUUAUAGAUGAAUCCGUAGUUGAGGAGUCUGACCUAAAUAAGUCCAGUACUGACGAGUCUGAUAUAGACGAGUCCAAUACUGACGAGUCCGGCUUUGAGGGGUAUGAUAUAGAUGCACUCGGGAUUGAUAGAUCUGACCCAGAUGAGUCAAACAUUGUGGAGUUUUAUAGAGAUGAGUCCAGCAUUGAGAGAUCCGACUCAGACGAGUCAAGCACUAGGGAUUAUAACCUAAACGACCUCAGAGUUGAGGUGUCUGACCUAGAUCAGUCCAACGAUGAGGAAUCUGAUACAGACGAGUCCAUCCUUGAGGAGUCUCACUUCAGUUAUCUUCUCGGUAUGGAAGCGUAUUAUGCCAACAUAAGUGAUUUUGACCAACACGAGUAUAAUAUAGGGGAUAAUGUCUCAAACGUAGUCUACGUAGGGAAGUUAAACAAUUUCGUAAAUUACAUUGACCAAUGCAACAGUAAUAAGAAUUUUAUCUUGAAAAUGCACACAAAAGCAAUUCAAGAUUUAACGCCACUGGCAGAAGAACCUUCGGCGCUUGAAUUGGGACUGUUGACAGACAGACUGGUAUUGCAUGUAUGGGUGUUGCAGAUGCAAGAUCCGCAUAAUGUGGACCAAUGGAGUGGAUUUUUGUUUGAUGUCAUUUAUGACAAGCUAGACGAAGUGACUAAGAAUUUAUGGAACAAAUUCGUCUGGCAUUAUUAUAGCAUACACUGCAAGAAUGUCUCCAUGAAAGCAGUUUUGGAUUUUUUGCGCGCAACGUGUUGUGAAUACGAUAAGAAACCACCCAGAUCUAUAAGUUGCAUCAGCUAUAUUUAUAGUAAUUUAUCCUCCGAGUAUUGACACUCUAAUCCAAUAUAAAAAUUUGUUUCUUUAUAAAAAAUUCCUUAAAUUAAAAAGAAAGUUAUCUUUAGUUUUUAAAAAGUUAUAAAGUAUAUAAAAUAAGUAUGCAAUUUGUUAAAAGUAGUAAUCAAAACUCACAGACACAUGAAAAAAAGAAUAUCUAACGAAUCGUAGAUUUCUUCACUAUAGGUAUAUAGUUAAGUAUAAUAUAGAACAUUGAACCACAUAAUAGUAAUUUAUUAUAAUAACAAUUAUGAUACAUAUAUAUAUAUACUGUUUAUGUGGUACGUACAACGUAUUUAUCAUAUUGUUCUCUGGAAUAUAUAUUAUUGUAUUUCCUGACGAUGAUAUAAAUUUGGGUGUAAUAAUAGUUUUAUUUUCUUUCUUUUAUUUUAAUAAUUAUCAUCAUGCUUUUUUAAACAUAUUUGAUCUUUAAUUAAAAAUGCCGAUCUAGGUUUUUAUACAAUAAUAUACAUUUUAAUUUUUUUAAAUUUUUUUCCAAAAGCCAAAAGUCCUUAAAUGUUAACCUAACCUAAGUGCUGGGUGGUGAAUACACGUACGAUAAUAUAUAUAUUAUACUACAUCAUUGUGUUUAUUUACAAAAACAAAAACUGUAGUUUUUUUAUUCUGUAAACUUAUGAUUUUUUUUUAUACAUGAUGCACAAUUUAAUUAAUGCAUUUUGUGUUUAUCAAAUUAUAAUUGUUUAAUUUACAAAAUUGUAUUAUUUCAUGUAGGUAUAUUAAUGUGUUCUCUA